UAUACUGACAUGCCCAGUGAGAGAGUUGUACAGUAUAUAUACCUGUCCUAUCGGUUAUUUCAUACAACUUGCCAAAGAGCAAACAUUGAGACAACUCUUACAGAAACUGCAGAAAAUAACUACUAGAGUUUUCUACCUUUGUCCCACUUGAAAGAAAUUUGUGAUAAAAUGGCAUUACCAAAUGGUCCAAUGGAGAUUGUUUUCUCCUUUGAUACCACAGGCAGUAUGAGUUCAUGUUUGAAUGAGGUACGUGGGCGGAUUGCAGACAUGGCUCAGCGUCUACAGGCUGACAUCCCUGGCAUCAAAAUGGCUGUGUUUGCACAUGGAGACUAUUGCGAUAGACACAAUUACAUCACAAAGUUUGUGGACUUCACAGAUGAUGUUGCAAAACUUGUGGACUUUGCACAAAAUGUCAGUUCAACUGGAGGUGGCGAUGCAGAUGAGUGUUACGAACUUGUGCUGCAUGAGGUGCGUACCAAACUGUCAUGGACGCCAGGUUCUCAGAGGGCACUUGUUAUGAUCGGAGACUGCAAUCCCCAUGAGCCGAACUAUCCUGACAACAAAUUGAAGUUAGACUGGAGGAUGGAAGCUGAUGAAUUGGGUAAAAUUGGCGUUCGGAUUUAUUCCGUGCAGUGCCAUUCACACAACUCUGACAAAUUUUACUCAGAAAUUGCACGCCGCACUGAUGGUCAGCAUCUGAAACUGAGUGACUUUAAAAAUAUCUUUGACUUUCUGAUGACCGUCUGCUACAGGGAGAAAGGGGAUGAUCUGUUCCAAAACUAUGAGAAAGAAGUGAGAGCACGUUCUACAGGCAUAAACAAAGACUUGCAUAAAUUGUUUGGCGAUCUGAGAGAUAAAGGUCCAGCAGGAUCGUCCUCCGAUAUGUCGUCAGUUAGCAGCAAAAGUCCUGGGAAAAAGCUCGGGAAAGGAGGGAAAAUCAUGAAACCUCCAAAGGCAGUUAAAAUUGCAAAGGAAGCAAAACCAGCCCUGAAGAGUGUCAGAAAAUCUGCAGCAAGCAUUAAGAAGACAAGGCCAGUACCAGUUCACAAGAAGUAUUUGGAAAAAUAUUUGCCAAAACUUCGGAGAGAAAAUGUAUCAGAAAACAACUUCCUGUUGAGAGAAAUGCCCUGGUCAAAAUGGCAGCUUAUCAUUUCACCAACACAGAAAGUGGUAACGGACACUGCAACACAAAUUGCUAGUGAUGUAAGCUGUCAGAGAACAGGAUGUGGUCAUGGAUUUAGAGCUAAACAGAUUUUUGGCGGGAAAACCAAGGUUCCUGCUGUAUAUGAGGUUGGAGUCCAGACAAACACACAUGCCAGAAAAUAUGUAACUUAUAGUAAAAUGUGUCGUGGAUUUACUGCCUGUUCAAACUGGGAGAAUAAACUCCUAGGAAGAAAGGACAUUCGAAAGCAAAUUGACAAUUUGGUAGAGAAAUCGUGUAGCGUAUUUGUACGCAGAAUGUUACUGAAAGGUGACAAAUCUAAGGAUAAAGUGAGACAGGCUUUGAAAAGAUAUGAUUAUGCGUGGAAGGGAUUGAACUCUGUUAGAGAUGGACAUAGAAUUGUUUCUAAGGGGGAAAUUGAAAUCUCAUCAGAAAUGGAUAUGUAAUUUACUGACAUUUAAAAGUGAAUGACAAAGUUUGUUUAUAUGUUUUGCGUAAUUAUAUAGGUGCAAUAUAUGUUAUAUGUGUACAUAUUUAUUUGUUAUUACAAUACUUUAUUGGCAUGCAGUCAGAUUAGCAUUAUGCCUGAUAUAAAGUGUGUCAGUCAAAGUAGUAGGCUAAGCAUGUUUUUCAUUAUGUAAAUAGUUUGUUUCAUCACCUAUUUGAAUAUAUUUUGUCAGAUAAUGUUACAUGUUGUAUGAUACAAACAUUGUAUAUAAAGAUAUUGUUAUUAAAUAAAAGUAAUGUUUUUCAUA